AUGCAAAACAUUUUGUUCGCGAUAACAGAAAAUAUAGCUGUUGCAUUUCAGGAAAGGAAGCGCGCCAUUACUGUCCAUGUUGUAGAUGAAAAUGGAUUUAGAUUGCCAGGUGCAGCAGUAAAUGUAAAGCAAAUUUCAACAGAAUUUCCAUUUGGAUGUGCAGUAUCAAAAACAAUUCUUGGAAAUUUGCCUUAUCAGGAAUGGUUCGCUAAGCGAUUCAAAGCGACAGUAUUUGAAAAUGAGCUCAAGUGGUAUAAGACAGAGCCACAACCUGGUCAAUUCAACUAUACCUUAGUAGAUCAAAUGAUGGAAUUCGUUCGUAAGAACAAACUUAUAGCCAGAGGACACAACAUGUUCUGGGAUGACCCUGUCUAUAUACAAGAUUGGCUUGAAAACAUGACCGCUCCUCAGCUGAAACAAGCGAUGAAAUCCAGGAUCAAAAGUGUGAUAAGUAAAUACAGGAAUGAGUUUGUACAUUGGGAUGUAAACAAUGAACUUCUGCAUUUCAAUUUUUAUGAGGGAAAGCUUGGACCUAAUGCUACCUUAGAUAUGUUCAAGAAAGUGCACCGUGAAGAUCCACUGGCGACCUUGUUUCUCAACGAGUACAACGUUGUUGAACGUUGUGACUCGAAAGCUAGUGUAGACAGGUACAUUGAAAAGUACAAGGAACUAAAGAACGGCGGGGUGACUGUAGGUGGAAUUGGUCUAGAGAGUCAUUUUGCUAUACCUAAUCCUCCUUUCAUGAGAGCUGUUCUUGAUAAAUUGGCGACGCUAAAGCUUCCUAUUUGGCUAACAGAAGUGGACGUAAGCAAAAUGUAUGAACUCGAAGAACAAGCGAUGUACUUGGAACAAAUUUUAAGAGAGGGAUUCUCGCAUCCAAGUGUAAACGGGAUCAUGCUUUGGACAUCACGUAGCGUAGGAGGAUGUUAUCAGACGUGCCUUACCGAUGAAAAAUUCCAGAACCUUCCGACAGGCGAUGUUGUUGACAAGCUGCUAUUGAAAGAAUGGCAAACUAAGAAGAAACAUGGAAAAACAGAUGAGUUUGGUUCCUAUAGUUUCAGAGGUUUCUUAGGUGAAUACAAUGUUUCUGUUGUUUACAAUCAUAAAGUUGUCAAUUCUUACUUCUCAUUAGGCCGUGGUGUUGAGACUAAGCACAUUACAGUUCAAAUUUAGCCAAAAACUAGUCGACAUAUAAUGUAACUUUUAAUAAACUG